GUAGUGCCGCAUUUCUCUCGGCGCAGUAGGACGGGCGGAUCGCGAUGGGGCUUGACGGUGGAAGAGGGGACUUUGAAUGGGUUUACAAUGACCAACCGCACACAUCGAGAAGAAAGGAAAUACUAGCUAAGUAUCCACAGAUCAAGUCCCUGAUGGGCCCAGACCCGCAGCUGAAGUGGAUCGUCUCCGGGAUGGUGCUGACCCAGCUGCUAGCCUGCUAUCUCGUGCAUGACCUCUCGUGGAAGUGGGUCGUCUUUUGGGCCUACGGCUUCGGCGGCUGCAUCAACCACUCGCUGACGCUGGCCAUCCAUGACAUCUCGCACAACGUGGCCUUUGGCAACAAGCAGGCCCGUUGGAACCGCUGGUUCGCCAUGUUCGCUAACCUGCCCAUCGGCCUGCCCUACUCUGCCUCCUUCAAGAAGUACCACAUUGACCACCACCGCUACCUGGGUGGGGACGGACUGGACGUGGACGUGCCCACCGACAUGGAGGGCUGGUUCUUCUGCACCCCCCUGCGCAAAGUGCUCUGGCUCUUCCUCCAGCCCUUCUUCUAUGCCCUGCGCCCCCUGGUGGUCAACCCCAAGCCAGUGUCCAGGCUGGAGGUGCUGAAUGCAGUGGUGCAGUUUGUGGCUGACAUCCUGUUGUACUCCCUGUGGGGGCUGAAGCCGGUGCUGUACCUGAUCCUGGGCUCCAUCCUGUGCAUGGGCCUGCACCCCAUCUCCGGCCACUUCAUCGCUGAGCACUACAUGUUCCUGAAGGGCCACGAGACCUACUCUUACUACGGCCCCCUGAACCUCAUCACCUUCAACGUGGGCUACCACAUGGAGCACCAUGACUUUCCCAGCAUUCCGGGCAGCAAGCUGCCGCUGGUGCGGAAGAUUGCGCCGGAGUUCUACGACCCGCUGCCUCAGCACACUUCCUGGGUACGCGUGCUGUGGGACUUCGUGUUUGACGACAGCAUCGGGCCCUACGCCCGAAUCAAGCGCCAGUACAAGCUGGCAAAGCAGGAGUGAAGAUCCCAGCAGCGCUGCUGGAUUUCAGGACUUCAGCAGGUCAAAUUUCUGCAUUCAAGUGUGAGACUGAGACGCAAAUCUCUGCGCUGGGCAGAGGGACGCCACCCAGCCAGAACCACAGCCAUGGGCACAGUGGGGCCUUCAAAAAGCAUCAGAAACCAUGAGUGACUUCCUGCAUUAAUCACUGACGGAUUCAAAUCCCUGUGAGCGCAUGAUGUCAGUCAUUGAUGUAACAAGUCACUCAUUAACUCAUUUAGCCAGUCCUGAGGUAAUUUUAGCACUUAGAGAAGCCCCGAUUUUCCCAGAUCAGAGCUGGACACUUUAUUCUGGAGUCUGUGUGUGUGCUGCUCUUUCAGAAAAAACUCAGCCACCCCUCGCCUGAAUCUGCCAUCCACACGACCUGUCCCCGAAGGCCACAUUACGUGCAUAUGUGCAGCAUUGAUCCUCAGUUAGAAAGUGCCUCACACUCAUGUGAUGUGCGGUGUCUGGCAGUUCAUUUAUUUAGAUAUUAUGCCUACUUGCUAUACAGACAGGCUGAUUACCAGGCAGAGGGAAUCAUAGUGGAGCUGUAAUCACUUGGUUACUGAGACUAAACACCCAAGAUGACUAUGGACCAAAGCAUUAAUGAGACCAUGUCAGGGACAAACUUGUGUUAAUCUACACUGUGCAACCCCAUCCAAGCUGAGCCCAAAGGGAAUACAUCUUUCUAUUAAUAAGGGGAGGCUUUUUACACAAACCCUCAAAGCUGAUCAUGUUUUCCUCCUUAUUCUCCAAGAUUAAAAUAUAUAUUUAAUUUAAGAGAAAUCAUUAUAGUGCUGAGACAGGUGAGAAGUGUGAUGCAGCAGUAGUUUCUAAUGAAGACUGCAAUGUUUGAGAGCACACUGCUGACACUUAGGACUUUUCUGUUUUCCAAUAAAUUCAGUUUUUUUUUUUUUCCAGUGUUGCUGUGAUAAUAUUUAGUGUUUUAAACUAAUGUGUAAUGUAUCUAUUACUUUUGAAACCUGAAUUGAAUAGGUAUCCAAAAUAUACAGCACUAAUUAUCAG